UAUACUGUUUGGACCUUUUUACAGUCUGUGGUUUGGUUUGGACGCGCUUCAGUCAGGAAUGUACCAUUCUAUACGCUGCUAUGUUAUGUUGUGGAUGUUAACUGCCGAGAGGGGGUAUUUAUCUGAUACUGAAAAAUAAGUUUGCAAAUAGUACAUAAAUAUUGGUCAAACUUUUUUUGUUUUUAAACGUAGGUUUAUCAUACUAAAGCCACGUUCGUGUUAUUAAAACUUAAUCGGCGAGUUGUCUCCCCCGUGUUGAGAUAAUGGUUUAGUCAGUAAUGGAUGCCCCUUCAUCGGAGAUAUAGGUUCCUGUUCAUGAGAGGAUGAGUGAACUCAAGGACUGUCCCCCUCUGAAGUACUAUGACUUCAAACCUGUGGACCAUGUGAAAGUGUGUCCACGCUACACAGCAGUACUCAGCCGCUCAGAAGACGAUGGCAUUGGCAUUGAAGAGCUGGACACACUUCAGCUGGAGCUGGAAACACUCCUGUCCUCUGCCAGUCGACGUCUCCGAGCGCUGGAAGAACAGAGACAGAUCCUUACAGACUGGCAGGACAAAAAAGGGGACAAAAGGUUUCUGAAAUUAGGGAAGGAUCCAGAUCUCGCAGCCUCUUCUCGUCAUUCCAAGCCCAAAAAACAGAAGCUUGAUGGAAAGGGAAGUCAUGGUCCCGGACCUGGGCCAGGUAGACCGAAGUCUAAGAACAUACAGACCAAGGUCCAAGACUUUGAAUUUGAAGUCGACCCCCAAGAUAUACCCCGCAACCCUAAAAAUGAUGCUCCCAACAGAUUCUGGGCCUCGGUGGAGCCUUACUGUGCAGACAUCACAAAUGAAGAGAUCAGAGUUCUGGAAGAGCUGCUCAAACCACCUGAUGAUGAAGCAGAAUACUACAAGAUCCCAGCCCUCGGAAAGCACUAUUCCCAACGCUGGGCUCAAGAGGACCUGUUGGAGGAGCAAAGAGAGGGGGCGAGAGCCAGUGACAAGAAAAAAAGCAUGAUGGGUCCUCUUUCCGAACUGGAUGCUAAAGAUGUAGAUGCCUUACUGAAGAAAUCGGAGUCUCAGCAUGAACCUCCAGAGGACGGCUGUCCUUUUGGCCCUCUUACUCAGCGGCUUCUACAAGCACUUGUUGAGGAAAACAUCAUAUCCCCUAUGGAGGAUUCCCCCAUUCCAGACAUUCCAGGGAAGGAUGAUGGGGCUGGUACAUCGCCUCGUAGCCAGGGUAAAGCCUUCAGUGUGCCUCACACACGCUCUCUGGAGGCUCGUAUAAGAGAGGAGCUGGUGUCUCAGGGGCUGCUGGACUCUGAUGAGAGGCAAGGUGUCGGAGGAGAGUCUGAAGACGAGGUGCUGGCCGAGCUGCAGAAAAGACAGGCUGAACUCAAAGCGCUAACCGCACACAACCGCUCGCGCAAGCAGGAGCUGCUCAAGUUGGCACGGGAAGAAAUGCGAAAACAGGAGCUUCGACAGCGGGUUCGAGUGGCUGAUAACGAGGUUAUGGAGGCAUUCCGUCGCAUCAUGGCAGCCAGGCAAAAGAAACGCACUCCAACGAAAAAAGAGAAAGAUCAGGCUUGGAAAGCUUUGAAAGAGAGAGAAAGUAUUCUCAAACUCUUAGAUGGAUAAAUAUGACCGGCAGCUAUAAUGUGGUGUGUUUUCUUUAAUAUGUUUGUUGGUUAUGGACACUUCAUAAAGCCAACUUCAACAUUCAGACAACUUGAAGAACAUGUAAACAAAUAUUUAAUAUAAUGUUCAUAUUUUUGGUUACUCUCUAUCUAAAGUAAGACCUGACGUUACUAGUUGUGAUAAUAAAGGUGUUUGACACUAGUUUUCAAGUGCCACUGACUUGACACUGUUGAUGCCAGAAUAUAAAUUUACUUUAUUUUUUUUUGCUGCCUUUAUGUACAGUUCCCAAAUGCAGCUGAUUAACAUAGUGGAUUGAUAUUGUUAAAGGAAUAGUUCACCAAAAAUGAAACACUUGUCAUCAUGUCGUUCACCGACUCUUCUGUGGAAUAUAAAAGAUGGUAUUUUGAAGAAUGCUGGUAACCAAACAGUUGUGGGCACCAUUAACCCAUUGCGUGGACAAAAACAGACAUUUCUUCUUUUAUGUUUCAAGCAAGAAAUAAAAAUCAUACAGAAACAACAUAAGGGUGAAAAAAAGACAACAUUUUAAUUUUUGGGUGAACUGUUCCUUGAAAGCUGUUGUCAUAGCGUUGAUAGUAUUUUGUUACUACACGGCAGGAACACGGUCAUUUUGAGUUUUUAUAUGAUUAAAAGAAAAUAAAGCUUUUUAUAAAGGUAUUGUACAUGGAAAUAUUGGGUUUGUAAAUUCAUAUAUGCUGUCGUUUAUUUCAGUCCAUGUUGAAUUUAGUUCGUUGUAUUUUGUAAACAACUUAUAUCACA